AUGAUUGCAAAAAUAUUACCACCAGCUAAUGGUAAAAAAUUAUGGAGAGUUAAAAACAAAAGUCCUUCACAACAUGAAUCAAAUACCCUUGCUUGCUUACAAAACUCAUUGAGGAUAACGUCUUCUGGUACAAAGUUUACCGUUAAGAAACCUCAAUCAAAAAGACCAAAGAAUAAGCCAGGUUGCAAAAAGGAUUUUGUCUUUGUUGAUUUAAGUCCUGUUAAAAGUGAAGAAAAGAAAGAUGCUUUAGCUGCUCACAAUGAAUCUAGUGAUAUGUUACCACCAUCACCUGUUAGUUCAAUUCAUUCUGAUGAAUCAUUUGGUUCUCAUUCUGAUGUCUCAUCAAUUUUCGAUCAAAGAAAUUAUACCCUCGCAGAACCAUUUAAAUUCGAUCAAAAUGAAUUAAGUGCUAACAUUGAAGAUUUGAUUAAUCAAAUCCCAACUAAUUACAACACAAAACAAAACUUGAUGUCAAAUCCAAUAAUACCAUCAACUCCUGUUCAAAAAAAUACUCAUCAAUUUGAAACUCCUGUUAAUCAAAUCUUAAGAACUCCAGAGAUAUUAAGAUCUAAAUCUACUGGUAUGAUCAGCUACGAUACCCCAGAUUCUUAUAAACCACAAUUAUCAAGAUCAGUUUCAGAACCUGUCAAUAAAAUUGGUCAUUUAGAUACUUUUAUGAAUUUAAAUCAUCAAUUCGAGAGUACUUUUGCUAAUACUCAAGCUUUUGAUAGUUCAUUUAUUAAUCAUCAAUUGGUAGAUCAUGAUGACAGUUUCACCAAUGUUGAUUUAGAGAUUGAUCAAAAUGAAUUACAAGAAUUUUUCUCCAAUAAUCUUGACUACAUUAAUUUUUAA